AUGUCAGACCAACCCACUCUCCGACUAGCAACGCCCGAGGAUGUCCCUAUAAUCCUCCAAUUCAUCCGCGAACUGGCCGAUUACGAAAAAGCCCUCCACGAAGUCGAAGCCACCGAAGAGUCUCUCCUCGCCACGCUCUCCUUCCCCGACACCCCACCUCAGCGCGGCGCCGUCUACACAGCCCUGAUUACCCCUCCCAGCACCCCCUCGCAACCAACCCCCAAGCCCGUCGGCAUGGCCCUGUUCUUCUACAACUACUCGACGUGGCGGUCCGCGCCGGGCAUCUACCUCGAGGAUCUGUAUGUGCAGCCGAGCGCGCGUGGGAAUGGCUACGGGUUCAAGCUGCUCAAGUACCUCGCCGCGAAGGUGUUGGAGGUGAAUGGACGGCGCCUGGAGUGGAGUGUGUUGAAGUGGAAUGAGCCGAGUAUUAAGUUCUAUGAGCAGGUGGGCGCGGUCUCGAUGCAUGAUUGGUUGAAGAUGAUGGUUGAGGGGCCGGCGUUGGAUAAUUUGGCGAAGGGGGUUUGA